AUGCUAUAUAUUGCAGCCUUUCCCAUCCUUGAGUUCCUCCUAACAGGCCUUGAGAACAAAGCUGAGAGGGAGAGGAGGUAAAUCUCUGUCUGUUCUGACUGUUGUUAGAACUUGUUCAAUGUUAUGGGCCCUGGUCUAAAGUAGUAUUAAUGUGCCAUUUGAUACCAGGUCCUGGAUGUCAGGAAGCUUGGCCCCAGUGAUGUACUGGGCCAUACGCACUACCCUCUGUAGUGCCUUGCGGUCGGAGGCCGAGCAGUUGCCAUACCAGGCAGUGAUGCAGCCAGUCAGGAUGCUCUCGAUGGUGCAGCUGUAGAACCUUUUGAGGAUCUGAGGACCCAUGCCAAAUCUUUUCAGUCUCCUGAGGGGGAAUAGGUUUUGUUGUGUCAUCAGCAAACUUAAUGAUGGUGUUGGAGUCGUGCCUGGCCAUGCAGUCAUGGGUGAACAGGGAAUACAGGAGGGGACUGAGCACGCACCACUGAGGGGUCCCCGUGUUGAGGAUCAGCGUGGCGGAUGUGUUGUUAACUACCCUUACCACUUGGGGGCGGCCCAUCAGGAAGUCCAGGAUCCAGUUGCAGAGGGAGGUGUUUAGUCCCAGGGUCCUUAGCUUAGUGAAGAGUUUUGAGGGCACUAUGGUGUUGAACGCUGAGCUGUAGUCAAUGAAUAGCAUUCUCACGUAGGUGUUCCUCUUGUCCAGGUGGGAAAGGGCAGUGUGGAGCGCAAUAGAGAUUGCAUCAUCUGUGGAUCUGUUGGGGCGGUAUGCAAAUUGGAGUGGGUCUGGGGUUACUGGGAUAAUGGUGUUGAUGUGAUCCAUGACCAGCCUUUCAAAGCACUUCAUGGCUACCUAUUGACUACUGACAAGACAAGAGGGAAGUAGUGAACCUAUUGACAAGACAAGAGGGAAGGAAUGAACCUAUUGACAAGACAAGAGGGAAGUAGUGAACCUAUUGACAAGAGGGAAGUAGUGAACCUAUUGACAAGACAAGAGGGAAGUAGUGAACCUAUUGAUAAGACAAGAGGGAAGUAGUGAACCUAUUGACAAGAGGGAAGUAGUGAACCUAUUGACAAGACAAGAGGGAAGUAGUGAACCUAUUGAUAAGACGGAAGUAGUGAACCUAUUGACAAGACAAGAGGGAAGUAGUGAACCUAUUGACAAGACAAGAGGGAAGUAGUGAACCUAUUGACAAGACAAGAGGGAAGUAGUGAACCUAUUGUCAAGACAAGAGGGAAGUAGUGAACCUAACACUCAGACAGGUUCAGAUCUGGUCAGGCAACAUUUCUCCUGAAGAAGACAAGAUGCCUCAUUGUUUUGAGUUUCACUACUGAUGUAGGGCUGAUUACAGUCUGUGAUUCUUCACAGAGCAGUCAGGCACUCUACUCAGAAUUUACAAAUCAUACAUGAAUAUAAUGCGAAAGGAGAAUUAGGUGCAAGGAAGAUCUCCUUAGCCAGGCAUGUUGUUUGGGAUAUUAUGGAAAAUCAGGGAACACGCCAAGGUUGCUGCCUCAACUGGAUGCUGAAAGCUUGUAACACAAAAUUGUAUGUAUUCUUAUAUUCGUGUAAUGCCUAAGAUGCUGGUGAAGGAUUAUUAGGCUUAUUAUCAUCCCAAAUGGCACCCUAUCUCCUAGUGCACUACUUUUUGACCAGAACCAUAUGGGCCCUGGUCAAAAGUAGUGCACUACAUAGGGAGCCAUUUGGGAUGCAGAUAUAUGCUCAUUAGCAGGCUGUUACAGGGGGUAGUAUAAUCCGUUUGGCAUUGCUUUAAAGUGCCAUGGAUGUGACAUAACCCCAAGUUAAACCACAUGGGUGGGAACGAUGUGAUCUGCAUCAGAUUUUAUAUAAAUCGGAUUCAACUCUUGUAAUCUUUGUCAUUCUGUAAUAAGUAACUUGACACAGUCCAAGAACAAUAAGUGUUGUUUACUGGACGAAUGGAAGUCUUGGGAUCCCAAUUAAAUGUUGUCAUUUUAGAGGCUAUACAGAACGUUUGCCUACUAUUGGGUCAAAAGGGGUCCCCCUAAAUGGACAGAAAUAUUGUCCAUAGAUGUCCUCAUUAGAAUGAAAGGGGCACAGCUCUCCACACCCCUGAGGUUUUUAUAUGCAUUGGAUUAGUCUAUUUUCUAGCUAAUAUUAUGACUUUGGAUGUGUUUAAACCCCUUGAUUCAAAAGACAUGUAGCCUGGAGUCACAACCAGCUAUAUCUCUCUCUAAUCUAAACUCCUAAUCCACUGAAUGUGGGGAAGAACGGGGAGUUUCCUUGCUAAACUGAUACAAACACUAAGAUACUUCAUAAUUUCAUGUUUAGACAGGAUCGUUGUGAAAUGUGACUGGUUCCAUUACUUUCCUUUGAGUCAUGACUCUGAAAGCAUCAUUCUGGCAGUGUAUCAGUGAGUGGAACGCAUAUAUUUAUUUAUUUAUUUAACCUUUAUUUAACUAGGCAAGUCAGUUAAGAACAAAUUCUUAUUUACAAUGACAGCCUACACCGGCCAAACCCGGACGACGCUGGGCCAAUUGUGCGCCGCCCUAUGGGACUCCCGAUCACGGCCCGGUUGUGAUACAGCCUGGAAUCGAACCAGGGGGGUCUGUAGUGACGCCUCAAGCACUGAGAUGCAGUGCCUUAGACCGCUGCGCCACUCGGGAGCAUAAAGCGGAGCUUGAAGCUAUCUCUGUCUCGCUCUGUCUCUCUCUGUCAGUGGACAAAACAGGCCGCACCACAGAACAGAACUGCACUGUGCAAAUGGUUAAGCUACUGAUCGAUUUCAAUUGAUUGAUAUCUGAGCUCAGAUCUUGUUGCCACUUGUCCUAACUCUAACCGAGCAGCAGAAUGGGUGGCUGUGAUGAAGCGAGUAUAAAGAGAGGCUGUUCUAGCUAGGGUCAACACCUCGUUCUCACUCAGGUUUCGUCCCAAAUGGCACCCUAUUCCCUACAUAGUGCACUACUUUAGACCAGAGCCCUAUGGACCCUGUGCACUAUGUAGGGAAUAGGGUGCCAUUCUCUGGUCCUAAAGUAGUGCACUAUAUCUAUUAGACCGGAAUGGCACCCAUUCCUUAUAGUGCACUACUUUAGACAGAGAAUGUGCACCCUAUCCCUAAUAGUGCACUACUUUAGACCAGAGAAUGGCACCCUUCCUACAUAGUGCACUACUUUAGACCAGAGAAUGGCACCCUAUUCCCUAAUAGUGCACUACUUUAGACCAAGAAUGGCACCCUAUUCCUACAUAGUGCACUACUUAGACCAGAGAAUGGCACCCUAUUCCCUACAUAGUGCACUACUUAGACAGAGAAUGGCGCCCUAUUCCCUACAAGUUGCACUACUUAGACCAGAGAAUGGCACACUAUUCCCUACAUAGUGCACUUUAAUUGACCAGAGAAUGGCACCCUAUUCCCUAUAUGUGCACUACUUUAGACCGGCCCUAUGGACCCUGUGCACUACUGUGUGGAAUAGGGAGCCAUUUGGGACACACCCAGUCUGUUCUAACCAGGGCCCUGUCAACAUCCUGUCCACACCUUGGUCAACAUCCUGUCAACACCUUGGUCAACAUCCUGUCCACACCUUGGUCAACAUCCUGUCCACACCUUGGUCAACAUCCUGUCCACACCUUGGUCAACACCUUGUUCAAUUAUCCUGUCAACACCUUGUUCAACAUCCUGUCCACACCUUGGUCAACACCUUGUCCACACCUUGGUCAACAUCCUGUCACACCUUGGUCAACAUCCUGUCCACACCUUGGUCAACACCUGUCCACACCUUGGUCAACACCUGUCACACCUUGGUCAACACCUUGUUCAAUAUCCUGUCAACACCUUGUUCAACAUCCUGUCCACACCUUGUUCAACACCUUGUUCAACAUCCUGUCCACACCUUGUUCAACACCCUGUCAACACCUUGUUCAACACCCUGUCAACACCUUGUUCAACACCCUGUCAACACCUUGUUCAACAUCCUGUCACACACCUUGUUCAACAUCCUGUCCACACCUUGUUCAACACCUUGUUCAACAUCCUGUCCACACCUUGUUCAACACCUUGUUCAACACACUGUCAACACCUUGUUCAACACCUUGUUCAACACCCUGCCAACACCUUGUUCAACACCUUGUUCAACACCCUGCCAACACCUUGUUCAACACCUUGUUCAAGAUCCUGUCAACACCCUGCCAACACCUUGUUCAACACCUUGUUUAACACCUAGUUCAACACGCUGUCAACACCUUGUUCAACAUCUUGUUCAAUACCUUGUUCAACACCCUGUCAACACCUUGUUCAACUAUCUGUCAACAUCUUGUUCAACACCUUGUUCAACACCUUGUUCACACUCAUACAGAAAAGGCUCUGACAAAGAAUGUUGAACAUUGGAAAGUUUGGGACAAUGUGCAAACAAAACACUCAAUCAUGUUCUCUCCUCAUUUUAAAUUUUAGGCAAACAAACAAUACAAGUUGUGAUAAGAGCGUCUGCUAAAUGACUAAAAUGUCAAUGUAAUGGUAAUAUAAUGGUAAUGUAAUGGUAAUGGUAAUAUAAUGGUCAUGUAAUGGUCAUGGUAAUGUAAUGACAAUGUAAUGGCAAUGUAAUGGUAAUGUAAUGGUCAUAGUAAUGUAAUGUAAUGUAAUGACAAUGUAAUGGUAAUAUAAUGGUAAUGUAAUGGUAAUGUAAUGGUAAUGUAAUGUCUAAUACACGUCUUUUGAAAAUGUUCUCUUCUUUGUUUCUCACAGGAAAAGGUGUCCAGAUGCGACGCGCCAAACAGUAAAGGUUACCCUCCUGUACCCCUCUUCCCUGUCAUCUCAUUCUGCUCCUCCUGCACUUCCUGCUCAUCCAGAACCGACUAUUGGUACCGUUGGAUCCUCCCUGGGGUCCCCAACCCCCACUCGGGCGGUUGACAAAUCCCCGCUUUUCCCCUCCUCUCUGCUGCCCCGGUCCCCGUCCCUGAACCUCUUCUCCCCAUUCCUUGACCCACUGGCCCCCGUCCCUGGCAACAUGUCCAUUGCCCUGAAGCAGGUCUUCAAAAAGGACAAGACCUUCCGGCCCAAGCGUAAGUUUGAGCCGGGGACGCAGCGCUUCGAGCUGCAUAAGAAGGCCCAUGCGUCGCUGAGCUCCGGCGUUGACCUGAGGGCGGCGGUAGCUCUGCCCCACGGGGAGGAUCUGAACGACUGGGUGGCCGUGCACGUGGUCGACUUCUUCAACAGGAUAAACCUCAUCUACGGGACGGUGUGUGAGUUCUGCACAGAGAAGAGUUGUCCGGUGAUGUCCGGUGGGCCGAGGUAUGAGUACCGAUGGCAGGACGAUCACAAGUAUAAGAAACCCACGGCUCUACCGGCUCCCAAGUACAUGAACCUGCUGAUGGACUGGAUCGAGGUCCAGAUCAACAAUGAGGAUAUCUUCCCCACCAGUGUAGGUGAGUACUCUGGGUAACUAUAUGUACAUCACCGACACUCAACAGGCCCAGACAGGGUCUUUAUUUAGGAACUCAGUCAGGCCUCUGCCCCUGGUACACAAAAGACAUGGUCAAAUGUGUAGCAUUCCAGGAAAUGAGCUUUAAUAAAGUGAAACAUCUUCGCCCCACCAAGCACUAGCAGUGUGGGGGUAAUAUCACUGAGCAAGCCAAGCCAGUAAAAAAAAAAUCCAUAUUACAAACCUAUGUUGUGAUAAUUGCGUUGUUUGCUCUACAACCCGUCGUUCAUACGCCACCGUGUGUCACGUUCGUUGAAGGACGGGUCAGACCAAGGCGCAGCGUGAUAUGCGUACAUGUUUAUUUUAACUGUUAAACACACGACAAAACAACAAAGGAUAACGAAACGUGAAGUCCAAGGUAGCACGCACACACACAACAUACCUUACACGGAACAAGAUCCCACAACUAGACAGUGCCAAUAGGCUGCCUAAGUAUGGUCCCCAAUCAGAGACAACGAGCGACAGCUGCCUCUGAUUGGGAACCACACAGGCCAACAUAGAUCCACACAUACUAGAUCGACAACAUAGACAAAGCACAACAAGGAAUAUACACACCCUGACUCAACAUAUAAGCGUCCCCUGGGCGUGACACCGUGAAAAAAAGACAAGUCACACAGUGGCGGAAUAAAUUCAACUACACGUACGUUUGUUUCACCACAAAAACGGAGAGCAACAUCUGUCCGGUGAAGUCCACGCAGCGAAUAUGGCACGUAACAAACAGUUACAUGACCUGCAACAUGGUCCAGCAAGUUCACGUUUUCAACAGUUUACUAAACAACUAUUGAUUUAGAACCACGGAGAGUUACCGCAAGUCAGCACAAAGACAACAGGAGCACUGCCUCCGCUAUUCCAGCACCAUUUCAACUUCAACAUUUAAACAUCAUCAAAUCAACAAGGCUAUAUAUGUUUAUUUUAAUACAUUAAAAACAAAAAAUGAUUUAGUCCAAUGAAUGUUGCUAAAAAUAUUGUGGCUGUCUAUGGUACUGAUUUCUGUGUGUCUGUGUGUGUUUUGUAUUUAUUUUUUAUUUCACCUUUAUUUAACCAGGUAAGAAGCCAGUUGAGAACAAGUUCUCAUUUACAACUGCGACCUGGCCAAGAUAAAGCAAAGCAGUGCGAUAAAAACAACAACAACACACAGAGUUACAUAUGGUGUAAAAUAAAAUAUAAAGUCAAAAAUACAACAGAAAAUAUAUAUACAGUGUGUGCAAAUGUAGUAAGUUAUGGAGGUAAGGCAAUAAAUAGGCCAUAGUGCAAAAUAAUUUCAAUUUAGUAUUAACACUGGAGUGAUAGAUGUGCAGAAGAUGAUGUGCAAAUAGAGAUACUGGGGUGCAAAUUAGCAAAAUAAAUAACAAUAUGGGGAUGAGGUAGUUGGGUGGGCUAAUUACAGAUGGGCUGUGUACAGGUGCAGUGAUCGGUAAGCUGCUCUGACAACUGAUGCUUAAAGUUAGUGAGGGAGAUAAGAGUCUUCAGCUUCAGAGAUUUUUUGCAGUUCAUUCCAGUCAUUAGCAGCAGAUAACUGGAAGGAAUGGCGGCCAAAUUAGGUGUUGGCUUUGGGGAUGACCAGUGAGAUAUACCUGCUGGAGCGCAGACUACGGGUGGGUGUUGGUAUGGUGACCAAUGAGCUAAGAUAAGGCUGGGAUUUGCCUAGCAGUGAUUUAUAGAUGACCUGGAGCCAGUGGGUUUGGCGACGAAUAUGUAGUGAGGGCCAGCCAACAAGAGCGUACAGGUCACAAUGGUGGGUAGUGUAUGGGGCUUUGGAGACAAAACGGAUGGCACUGUGAUAGACUACAUCCAAUUUGCUGAGUAGAGCAUUGGAGGCUAUUUUGUAAAUGACAUCGCCGAAAUCAAGGAUCGGUAGGAUAUUCCGUUUUACGAGGGCAUGUUUGGCAGCAUGAGUGAAGGAGGCUUUGUUGCGAAGUUGGAAGCCGAUUCUAGAUUUAACUUUGGAUUGGAGAUGCUUAAUGUGAGUCUGGAAGGAGAGUUUACAGUCUAACCAGACACCUAGGUAUUUGUAGUUGUCCACAUAUUCUAAGUCAGACCCGCCGAGAGUAGUGAUUCUAGUUGUGCGGGCGUAAGCAGUUUUACUAGCGUUUAAGAGCAGGCUACGGAAGGAGUGUUGUAUGGCAUUGAAGCUCGUUUGGAGGUUUGUUAACACAGUGUCCAAUGAAGGGCCAGAUGUAUACAAAAUGGUGUCGUCUGCGUAGAGGUGGAUCUGAAAGUCACCAGCAGCAAGAGCGACAUCAUUGAUAUACACAGAGAAAAGUGUCGGCCCAAGAAUAGAACCCUGUGGCACCCCCAUAGAGACUGCCAGAGGUCCAGACAACAGGCCCUCCGAUUUGACACAUUGAACUCUAUCUGAGAAGUAGUUGGUGAACCAGGCGAGGCAGUCAUUUGAGAAACCAAGGCUAUUUAGUCUGCCAAUAAGAAUGCGGUGAUUGACAGAGUUGAAAGUCUUGGCCAGGUCGAUGAAGACGGCUGCACAGUACUGUCUUUUAUCGAUCGCGGUUAUAAUAUCUUUUAGGACCUUGAGCGUGGCUGAGGUGCACCCAUGACCAGCUCGGAAACCAGAUUGCAUAGCGGAGAAGGUACGGUGGGAUUCGAAAUGGUCGGUGAUCUGUUUGUUCACUUGGCUUUCAAAUACUUUCGAAAGGCAAGGCAGGAUGGAUAUAGGUCUGUAACAGUUUGGAUCUAGAGUGUCACCCCCUUUGAAGAGGGGGAUUACCGCGGCAGCUUUCCAAUCUCUGGGGAUCUCAGACGAUACGAAAGAGAGGUUGAACAGGCUAGUAAUAGAGGUUGCGACAAUUUCGGCUGCUAAUUUUAGAAAGAAAGGGUCCAGAUUGUCUAGUCCAGCUGAUAUGUAGGGGUCCAGAUUUUGCAGCUCUUUCAGAACAUCAGCUAUCUGAAUUUGGGUAAAGGAGAAGUGGGGAGGGGCAUUGGCAAGUUGCAGCGGAGGGUGCACAGCUGGUGGCCGGGGUAGGGGUAGCCAGGUGGAAAGCAUGGCCAGCCGUAGCAAAAUGCUUGUUGAAAUUCUCAAUUAUCAUAGAUUUAUCGGUGGUGACAUUGUUUCCUAGCCUCAGUGCAGUGGGCAGCUGGGAAGGAGGUGCUCUUAUUCUCCAUGGACUUUAGUGUCCCAAAACUUUUUGGAGUUAGUGCUAAAGGAUGCACAUUUCUGUUUGAAUAAGCUAGCCUUUACUUUCCUAACUGAUUGUGUAUAUUGGUUCCUGACUUCCCUGAAAAGUUGCAUAUCGCGGGUGCUGUUCGAUGCUAAUGCAGUACGCCACAGGAUGUUUUUGUGCUGGUCAAGGGUGAACCAGGGGCUAUAUCUGUUCUUAGUUCUGAAUUUUUUGAAUGGGGCAUGCUUAUUUAAGAUGGAGAGGAAAGCACUUUUGAAGAACAUCCAGGCAUCCUCUACUGACGGAAUGAGGUCAAUAUCCAUCCAGGAUACCCGGGCCAGGUCAAUUAAAAAGGCCUGCUCGCUAAACUGUUUUAGGGAGCGUUUGACAGUGAUGAGGGGUGGUCGUUUGACCGCGGACCCAUUACGGACGCAAGCAAUGAGGCAGUGAUCGCUGAGAUCCUGGUUGAAGACAGCAGAGGUUUACAGUGAGGGGAAAAGUAUUUGAUCCCCUGCUGAUUUUGUACAUUUGCCCACUGACAAAGAUAUGAUCAGUCUAUAAUUUUAAUGGUAGGUUUAUUUGAACAGUGAGAGACAGAAUAACAACAAACAAAUCCAGAAAAACGCAUGUCAAAAAUGUUAUAAAUUGAUUUGCAUUUUAAUGAGGGAAAUAAGUAUUUGACCCCUCUGCAAAACAUGACUUAGUACUUGGUGGCAAAACCCUUGUUGGCAAUCACAGAGGUCAGACGUUUCUUGUAGUUGCCCACCAGGUUUGCACACAUCUCAGGAGGGAUUUUGUCCCACUCCUCUUUGCAGAUCUUCUCCAAGUCAUUAAGGUUUCGAGCCUGACGUUUGGCAACUCGAACCUUCAGCUCCCUCCACAGAUUUUCUAUGGGAUUAAGGUCUGGAGACUGGCUAGGCCACUCCAGGACCUUAAUGUGCUUCUUCUUGAGCCUCUCCUUUGUUGCCUUAGCCAUGUGUUUUGGGUCAUUGUCAUGCUGGAAUACCCAUCCACGACCCAUUUUCAAUGCCCUGGCUGAGGGAAGGAGGUUCUCACCCAAGAUUUUGACGGUACAUGGCCCCGUCCAUCGUCCCUUUGAUGCGGUGAAGUUGUCCUGUCCCCUUAGCAGAAAAACACCCCCAAAGUAUAAUGUUUCCAACUCCAUGUUUGACGGUGGGGGUGGUGUUCUUGGGGUCAUAGGCAGCAUUCCUCCUCCUCCAAACAUGGCGAGUUGAGUUGAUGCCAAAGAGCUCGAUUUUGGUCUCAUCUGACCACAACACUUUCACCCAGUUCUCCUCUGAAUCAUUCAGAUGUUCAUUGGCAAACUUCAGACGGGCCUGUAUAUGUGCUUUCUUGAGCAGGGGGACCUUGCGGGAGCUGCAGGAUUUCAGUCCUUCACGGCGUAGUGUGUUACCAAUUGUUUUCUUGGUGACUAUGGUCCCAGCUGCCUUGAGAUCAUUGACAAGAUCCUCCCGUGUAGUUCUGGGCUGAUUUCUCGCCGUUCUCAUGAUCAUUGCAACUCCACGAGGUGAGAUCUUGCAUGGAGCCCCAGGCAGAGGGAGAUUGACAAUUUUUUCGAAUAAUCGCACCAACUGUUGUCACCUUCUCACCAAGCUGCUUGGCGAUGGUCUUGUAGCCCAUUCCAGCCUUGUGUAGGUCUACGAUCUUGUCCCUGACAUCCUUGGAGAGCUCUUUGGUCUUGGUCAUGGUGGAGAGUUUGGAAUCUGAUUGAUUGAUUGCUUCUGUGGACACGUGUCUUUUAUACAGGUAACAAGCUGAGAUUAGGAGCACUCCCUUUAAGAGUGUGCUCCUAAUCUCAGCUCGUUACCUGUAUAAAAGACACCUGGGAGCCAGAAAUCUUUCUGAUUGAGAGGGGGUCAAAUACUUAUUUCCCUCAUUAAAAUGCAAACCAAUUUAUAACAUUUUUUUGUUGUUAUUCUGUCUCUCACUGUUCAAAUAAACCUACCAUUAAAAUUAUAGACUGAUAAUUUCUUUGGGCAAACGUACAAAAUCAGCAGGGGAUCAAAUACUUUUUUCCCUCACUGUAUUUAGAGGGUAAAUUAGUCAGGAUGAUAUCUAUGAGGGUGCCCAUGUUUACAGAUUUAGGGUUGUACCUGGUAGGUUCCUUGAUAAUUUGUGUGAGAUUGAGGGCAUCUAGUUUAGAUUGUAGGAUGGCCGGGGUGUUAAGCAUAUCCCAGUUUAGGUCACCAAGCAGUAUGAAACUCUGAGGAUAGAUGGGGGGCAAUCAAUUCACAUAUGGUGUCCAGGGCACAGCUGGGGGCUGAGGGGGGUCUGCACAGACCUGGAUAGUAUGAUAGAUUCUGCAGGCUAUCUCUACAGUAGAUUGCAACUCCGCCCCCUCUGGCAGUUCUAUCUAGACGGAAAAUGUUGUAGUUGGGGAUGGAAACUUUCUGAAUUUUUGGUGGCCUUCCCAAGCCAGGAUUCAGACACUGCUAAGAACAUCAGGGUUGGCAGAGUGUGCUAACGCAGUGAAUAACUCAAAAUUAGGGAGGAGGCUUCUGAUAUUAACAUGCAAGAAACCAAGGCUUUUGCGGUUACAGAAGUCAACAAAUGAUAGCGCCUGGGGGGUAGGAGUGAUACUAGGGGCUACAGGGCCUGGGUUAACCUCUACAUCACCAGAGGAACAGAGGAGGACUAGAAUAAGGAUACGGCUAAAGGCUUUAAGAACUGGUCUUCUAGUGCGUUGGGUACAGAGAAUAAAAGGGGCAGAUUUCCGGGCGUUGUAGAAUAGAUUCAGGGCAUUAUGUACAGACAAGGAUAUGGAAGGAUAUGAGUACAGUGGAGGUAAACCUAAGCGUUGGGUAACGAUGAAAGAGAGAGCAUCACUGGAGGCACCGAUUGAGCCGGUCUCCGCGUGUAUGGGGGGGUGGGACAAAGGAGCUCUCUGAGGCUGGUUGAGCGGGACUGGGGGGCUCUACAGUGAAAUAGUCCGGUCCCUCUUGGACUAGGUGAUGGCUGCUUUGAUGCUGACAUGAAAAGACAGGUGAUCCGGAGGCGGACGCUAAUUGGAUAGAACCGCUAACACCUGCUGACCUAUGACCUACAGUAUGACCUUACACCUGCUCUGAAUAGACUGGGUUACCACUACAAGCACUCUAAGGAGCCCUGGGGAAAAGUAGUGCACUAUAUAAGGGAUUGGGUGCCGUUUCGGGCACAGACAAAGUUGAUCGCUUGUAGAAAAUGAGGAUCUCACUCAGAUUUGAGGUCAAAUUAAAUUCUUACUUGCUAAACCCAAUAGCAGGGUCGCCCCCCCCCCAAGUUUUCUAAGAACAGUGUUUGUUUUUUUAGUGUUUUUUUGGGGGGGACAUAAAAUACUGUAAAAACACCAGCAAAUCAGCUCCAAGUGAUUUUAAUUUAAUGUAAUAUUCACACGCAUAAUACAGAGAUACUGUAUAUGUGAUCGUAUACAAAUGUAAGCAAGGUUUCAAAAUGGUUCUGUUUUAGUCAAAUAUAAAUAUCUGUUUGGGCUUCUUGCGUUCAAUUUUCAGUCUACAAAUGAUUUGUAAUUAUGUUCCAGGCCCCUGACCAUCCGCUGAAGACAAAAUCGGCCCGCGGCUGAAUCUAGUUGUUGAUCCCUGAUCUAUAGUCUCUGACGGCCUGUGAAGUCCUAGUUACGUCAGCUGAGGUCACAAAAUCUAAAAUCCUAAAUUUAUAAACACAUUAUUUGGAUAGUCCAGAUGUUCCAUCUGUAGAUGGCCAUACUAUCAACAAACUACACUACCUGACCAAAAGUAUGUGGACAUCUGCUCAUCAAACAUCUCAUUCCAAAAUCAUGGCCAUUAAUAUGGAGUUGGUCCCCUCCUUUGCUGCUGUAACAGCCUCCACUCUUCUGGGAAGGCUUUCCACUAGAUGUUGGAAACAUUGCUGCGGGGACUUGCUUCCAUUCAGCCACAAGAGCAUUAGUGAGGUCGGGCACUGAUGUUGGGCGAUUAGGCCUGGCUCGCAGUCGGCGUUCCAAUUCAUCCCAAAGGUGUUCGAUGGGGUUGAGGUCAGGGCUCUGUGCAGGCCAGUCAAGUUCUUCCACACCAAUCUCGACAAACCAUUUCUGUAUGGACCUCGCUUUGUUCACAGGGGCAUUGUCAUGCUGAAACAGGAAAGGGCCUUCCCCAAACUGUUGCCACAAAGUUGGAAGCACAGAAUCGUCUAGAAUGUCAUUGUAUGCUGUAGUUUUAAGAUUUCCCUUCACUGGAACUAAGGAGCCUGAAUCAUGAAAAACAGCCCCAGACCAUCAUUCCUCCUCCACCAAACUUUACAGUUGGCACUAUGCAUUGGGGAAGGUAGUGUUCUCAUGACAUCCGCCAAACCCAGAUUCGUCCGUCGGACUGCCAGAUGGUGAAGCGUGAUUCAUCACUCCAGAGAACGCGUUUCCACUGUUCCAGAGUCCAAUGGCGGCGAGCUUUACACCACUUCAGCCAAUGCUUGGCAUUGCGCAUGGUGGUCUUAGGCUUGUGUGCGGCUGUUCAGCCAUGGAAACCCAUUUCAUGAAGCUCCCGACGAACAGUUAUUGUGCUGACGUUGCUUCCAGAGGCGGUUUGGAACUCGAUAGUGAGUGUUGCAACCGAUGACAGGUGAUAUUUACGCGCUACGCGCUUCAGCACUCGGCGGUCCCGUUCUGUGAGCUUCUGUGGCCUACCACUUCCCGGCUGAGCCCGUUGCUCCUAGACGUUUCCACUUCACAAUAACAGGACUUACAGAUGACCGGGGCAGCUCUAGCAGGGCAGAAAUUUUACGAACUGACUUGUUGGAAAGGUGGCAUCCUAUGACGGUGCCACUUUGAAAGUCACUGAGCUCUUCAGUAAGGCCAUUCUACUGCCAAUGUUUGUCUGUGGAGAUUGCAUGGCUGUGUGCUCGAUUUUAUGCACCUGUCAGCAACGGGUGUGGCUGAAAUAGCCGAAUCCACUCAUUUGAAUGGGUGUCCACAUACUUUUAUAUAUAUAUAUAUAUAUAGCGUAUGUGCCAAACACUUCACUGGGGUUUUUAUUCCUCAAUAGAAACAACAAGCAGACAGACGGCAGCUCCCUAAGUAUAACACCGUAAACACAGAACACAGAACACCCCAAUAACACACCAAAAUAAAACAUGACCAUGCCUAGCUGCCACGGUAACCAACACCAUGGUAACUCCACGGCAACGGACACAAUACUUUUGUAUAUAUAGUGUGUGUGUGUCGGUGUCAGGUUAGGGUUACCCAGGGUCAUGGUGCAGGUAGCUGGCCUCAAUGCUGACCUUUCACCUUUAGGGUGAUGUUAUUUCUUCAGAGACAGAGUGUCUCUGACUUGCUCUGUCAUCUCUGUGGUGUCCGUUUCAGGUUAGGGUUGAUGUUACCCAGCGUCAUGCUGUCUCGCUGGCUGUCUUUGAUGUGAUAGAUUGAUGAUGAUGCCAUCUAAACUGGGCUGACGAUGACGAUGUUCUAUAUUCGUAAUGGCGGAUGCCCUUUGUUGUAAACUAUGCUGUAUGUUCAGUGAGUUUACUGUUUGAUCCAAACUCCUGAAUACAGUGAUUGAUGUUGUGUGAUUGCAAUCAAGAGAUUUUGAACAUAUUCAAUAUCUUAAUAAGCAACAUAGACUGGCUUCACUUUUACCCCGAUUACAGUUAGCUUUACUAAUUGCAUUUAUGUAUACAUUCAGCUUCUCUGUUGCAGACAUGAGUGGUUGAAUUCUUACAGGUUCAACUUUAACCUAAUACCUUGGGCAACAAUGGAGUAAUCUUUUCCUGGAUUGUGAGAUCCCCGUAUAAUCCUGUUUCACCAGACCCAGGGGGAGCGGAGUGACUGUAGAUGUAUCCCAAAUUACACCCUAUUCCCUUUAUAGUGCACUACUUUAGACCAGAGACCUAUGGACUUUGACAUGAGAGUGGCGCAUAGUGAAGACUGAGCUCCAUCCGUCUGAAACUCAGAUCAUUCGGGCACUGAAUUAUAUCAUCUCUCCAUCUGUCGGUAAUGCAUGAGGCACACAUUGAAAUGAUUGAUGGUCCCUAAAGGCAGGAAAUGUUCAUGGAAGAAUGGGCUGCUGUGGUUCUCUGUGGGUCCGUAUGAUUGAUUGCUUGAUAGACUUUAAAACAUCUAUGUGUGUCAGUUAAGAAAAAAUACAUAUACAGUGCAUUCAGAAAGUAUUCAGACCCCUUGACCUUUUCCACAUUUUGUUACGAUACAGCCUUAUUCUAAAAUUGAUUAAAUUGUUUUUUUUCCCUCUCAUCAAUCUACACACAAUAGCCCAUAAUGACGAAGCAAAAAAAGGUUUUUAGAUAUUUUAGCAAAUGUAUUAAAAAUAAAAAACAGUAAUAUCACAUUUACAUAAGUUUUCAGACCCUUUAGUCAAUAUGUUAUUGAAGCACCUUUGGCAGCGAUUACAGCCUCGAGCCUUCUUGGGUAUGACGCUACAAGCUUGGCACACCUGACGUGACACUUGGCAUUCAGGCCAAAGAGUUCAAUCUUGGUUUCAUCAGACCAGAUAAUCUUGUUUCUCAUGGUCUGAGUCCUUUAGGUGCCUUUUGGCAAACUCCAAGUGGGAAGUCAUGUGCCUUUUACUGAGGAGUGGCUUCCAUCUGGCCACUCUACCAUAAAGGCCUGAUUGGUGGAGUGCUGCAGAAAUGGUUGUCCUUCUGGAAGGUUCUCCCAUCUCCACAGAGGAACUCUAGAGCUCUGUAAGAGUGACCAUCGGGUUCUUGGUCACCUCCCUUCACAAUGCCUUCAACCUCAUGGCUUGGUUUUUGCUCUGACAUGCACUGUCAACUGUGGGACCUUAUAUAGACAGGUGUGUGCCUUUCCAAAUCAUGUCCAAUCAAUUGAAUGUACCACAGGUGGACUCCAAUCAAGUUGUAGAAACAUCUCAAGGAUGAUCAAUGGAAACAGGAUGCACCUGAGCUCAAUUUCGAGUCUCAUAGGAAAGGGUCUGAAUACUUAUGUAAAUAAGGUAUUUCAGUUUUUAUUUUUAAUACAUUUGCAAAAAAUUCUAACAACCUGUUUUCGCUUUGUCAUUGUGGGGUAUUGUGUGUAGAUUGAUGAGGAUUUUUUUAGUUAUUUAAUCGAUUUUAGAAUAAGGCUGUAAUGUAACAAAAUGCGGAAAAAGGGAAGGGGUCUGAAUACUUUCCAAAUGCACUGUAUAUAAGAGGCCUACAAACCUGACUCAGUUACACCAGCUCUGUCAGGAGGAAUGGGCCAAAGUUCACCCAAUUUAUUGUGGGAAGCUUGUGGAAGGCUACCUGAAACAUUUGACCCAAGUUAAACAAUUUAAAGGCAAUGCUACCAAAUACUAAUUGAGUGUAUGUAAACUUCUGACCCACUGGGAAUGUGAUGAAAGAAAUAAAAGCUGAAAUAAAUCAUUUUCUCUACUAUUAUUCUGACAUUUCACAUUCUUAAAAUAAAGUUGUGAUCCUAACUGACCUAAGACAGGGAAUUUUUACUAGGAUUAAAUGUCAGAAAUUGUGAAAACUGAGUUUAAAUGUAUUUGGCUAAGGUGUAUGUAAACUUCCGACUUCAACUGUAUGAUGUAUGAAUCAGAAGUGUCCUCAAUUUUUUAAAACUUUUUAAUGUGUACUGAUCCCUUUUAUCAGGAAGGUCUGCAAAUAGAUACCCUUGUUUAAUCUGUCUUUAAUAAAGUGGGAUCUGGUCAGGAGUUUCUAAUCUGGCCAAUGUUGACUCUAGUGUCAACCAGAUGAACCCUGUGACCAUGGAGUGGGGGGAGGGUCUGGUGUGACUGACAACCCAGAGAGUAGAGGUGACCAUGUUUGUCCUGUGUGGCUCAGUUGGUAGAGCUUGCAAUACCAGGGUUGUGGGAUUGAUUCCGGCUGGGGUCACUCAGGCAGGACUGGCAGUCACUUAGGAUAAGUGUCUGCUACACUACAUAUAUUACAUGAUUUGUUCUGUAACCUUUCUCUCCCCUCUCUCUCGCUCUCCCUCUCCCUCUCCCUCCCCCUCCCUUCCUCUCUCCCGCUCCCUCUCUCCCUCUCCCUCUCCCUCUCCCUCUCCCCCUCUCCCUCCCCUCCCUCUCCCCUCCCUCCUCUCUCUCUCUCUCUCUCUCUCUCUCUCCCUCUCCUUCGCUCUCAGGAUCUCUCUCCUCCUCUCUCUCCUCUCUCUCUCCCUCCUUCCCUCUCUCCCUCUCAAUUGCUCCCUCUCCCUCUUCCCUCUCUCCCUCCCUUCCCUCCUCCCUCCCUUCGCUCUCUCCCCCCUCUCCCUCUCCUCCUCCCUCCCUCUCGUCCCUUCCCUCCCUUCCUCCCUCCCUUUCCCAUUUCCAUCUUCCCCGCUCUCCCCCUCUCCCUCCUCCUCCCUCCCUCCGCCCCUCCCUCGUCUCCCUCCCUUCCUCUCCCUCUCUCCCUCUCCCUCCCUCCCUCCCUCUCAGCCCCUCUCUCUCCCUCCCUCCCACUCCCUCCCUCUCUUCUCACAGGUAUCCCCUUCCCCAAGAACUUCAUCCAGAUCUGUAAGAAGAUCAUCUGCCGUCUGUUCCGGGUGUUUGUCCACGUCUACAUCCACCAUUUUGACCGUAUGAUGCUGAUGGGAGCUGAGGCCCACGUUAACACCUGCUACAAGCACUUCUACUGCUUCAGCACAGAACUCAACCUCAUAGACCGCAAGGAGCUGGAGCCACUGGUGAGUAUGAGAGAGAUCAAGAUUGAGUCAAGACAGAAGGUGCGUCCCAAAUGGCUCCCCGUUCCCUAUAUAGUGUACUACUUUUGACCAGGGCUGGUGAGUAAUAGGGGGCUAGGGGCUAGGGGUUAGGGGUUUAUUAAAAGUCUCUGGUCACUCUGGGAGUCCUCUAUUAUAGAGGCUGACUGGACUGGUGUCACCUACGGGUUAUUAUAG